AUGAAGGUUAUGCAGGACCUCUCGGAGCCCACGCAGUCUUCUCAAAAGGCAAUGCAACGCGUCUACUCAGACGGAAGUCACAUCUCUACCCACUGUCUACAAGGCAUCUCAAACAAGCAAGAAAGAAAAGACUUCUCAAAUAAUUCAAAACCCGACUUCUCUCUCAGUCAAUCAACAGACGUCUCAAACAAUCAAAGACUCGACUUCUCAAACAAGCAAACAACGGACUUCUCGUCCAUUAUCAAUAGUUCAAUCACGAGUAGCAGUGCUACUAGCCACCUGCAAGAUCCAGGAUCGGAAUUGACACUAGUCUCGUUACCAAUAGUCAAGAAAUUCGGGCUCCUUAAAAAAUCAUCUAUGAUUCCAAUACUUGGAGUUGGUAGUGCUUCACCCGGCACAACUCUAGGUCUGGCUACUCUUCAUUUACAGUCCACGCAUUCGCCAUCUCAAGUACAAUUAGAUGCGCACAUAUUGCCAAAGAUUACCACUCACAUUCCUUCGGUAGUGGUGGCCAACCAAGACUGGCCUCACAUCAACAACCUAGAGCUAGCUGAUCCGGACUUCCUAACUCCAGGUCCAGUAGACAUUCUCAUUGGCGCAGACAAUCUCAGAAGCAUACUCAAGUCACCUCGUCUAGUUAUGAGAGGUCCAUCGGAACCUAUGGCGAUACACACAGUGUUUGGCUGGGCGGUUCUCGGGCAAGCAUCCACGGCAUCUCAGUUGAAGCCGUUGCGAUCUUUUCAUUUGACCAGCAAUGAGGAUCUCCAAGACACACUCACCAAAUUUUGGGUACUCGAGGAAGCUCCAACUACAUCAGAGACACAUCUCAAUUUGGCUGAGUCAGAGUGUAAACAACAUUUCUCUGCUACUCAUCAUCGAGACGAUUCUGGUCGAUAUGUUGUCCGACUACCUCUCAACUCCGAUAUCUUACGGUUGGGUAAUUCCAAGCUAACAGCGCAACGAUGCCUUCAACGUCUUCUCAAACGACUCUCCUCUGAUUCAACUCUCAAAGAACGAUAUUUUCAGUUCCUUCAAGAAUAUGAAGGUCUCGGACACAUGGUGGCUGUACCAUUAGAAGCUCCAGAACCCUCUCAUACGCACUAUCUCCCGCAUCAUGGAGUAUUACGUGAGCAGAGCACCUCUACAAAGCUCAGAGUAGUUUUCAAUGGAUCCAGCAAGACGUCAUCUCAAGUAUCACUCAAUGACAUCAUGCAUACUGGUCCAAAGACUCAAUCAGACAUCUUCGACGUAUUGCUUUACAUCAGACAACACAAAUACAUCUUUAUUACGGACAUAGUAAAGAUGUUCCGGCAAAUAAAGGUUCAUGAAGAUGAUUGGGACCUUCAACGCAUUCUCUGGCUAGAUCAAGACUUAACUAUUCGAGCAUAUCAACUAACUACCGUAACAUAUGGCACAAGGUCAGCCCCAUAUCUUGCUUGUCGAAUACUGAAGCAAUUAGUAGCUGAUGAAGGCGCUAAUUAUCCACUUGCAGUAGAUACCAUCCUCAAAGGUAGUUAUGUUGAUGACAUCUCGGGUGGUGCAGAAACCCUAGAACAACUCAAGAACAUUUCUACUCAAUUAAAUGACAUGUGCCUCUCAGCGUGCUUACCACUUGAUAAGUGGAAAAGCAAUCAUCCUCAAUUCUUACCACCAAGCAUCUCAACUCAACAAGAGCAGCCUGUUCAUACGUUUGAAGAUCUCACGUCAAAGAUACUAGGUAUCACAUGGCAUCCUCAUGAAGACAUUUUCUCGUUCCAAGGAAACAUCUCAUUCAAGCCAGCAAUUACCAAACGCUCCAUUCUCUCAGAAGUGGCCCAACUCUUUGAUCCACUCGGACUCAUCUCCCCAGUAAUUAUCAGAGCAAAAAUCCUAAUGCAACAACUCUGGCUGGAAAAGAUUGGUUGGGACGACUCACUAACGCCUGAAAUAAUUCAUCAAUGGGAUAAAUUCAGAGAAGAUCUCAACACUCUCUCGACAAUCAAAAUACCUCGGUGGUUACACUUGCACUCUCAAGCCUACUCAAUACAACUUCAUGGAUUCUCAGAUGCGUCUAAGCUAGCUAUGGCAGCAGCAGUCUAUAUCAGAGUAACAUAUGCAGACAAUUCGUCAGUUGUUACGCUAGUCUGCUCCAAAACAAAAGUAGCACCCCUCAAACGUCUCACUAUUCCACGACUAGAGUUAUCAGCGGCCGCUCUAUUGGCAAAUCUCGCAAACCAUACUCAGAAGACUCUCAAUCUCAGUGAUGUACCAGUAUUUCUAUGGACUGACUCCUCAGUCACGCUCGCAUGGGUAAAGAACAAUCCAAUGAGAUGGAAGGAGUUUGUGAGCAAUCGAGUAUCAGCCAUUCACGAGGCUGUCCCACAUGCUCAUUGGAGAUUCACAUCCGGUAAACUCAACCCAGCCGAUUGUGCUUCUCGGGGCUUAAGCGCUUCUCAACUGACUGAACACACACUAUGGUGGACUGGACCACCAUGGCUCUCACUAUCUCCUGAAUUUUGGCCAUCAACCAUAGCACCAUCUCCAGAGCAUGAUUUGGAAGAAAGACCCGGCAUUUCACUCUCAGCAACGUCACUUCCAUUGCGAGCCAUCUCAAGAUUCAAACAAGUUCCAAACUCCAGUUUAGCCAUCUCACCCAUUAAUCCAGCUGACUUAGAAGUCGCAAAGCUGUUUUGGAUACGGGAAACUCAAUGUGCAUACUUCUCCUCAGAAAUAAAGACCAUUCAAGCUGGCAAAGGACUUCAUAAGAAUCAUGUUCUGUCUCGACUAACUGCAAUAGUUGACCACACUGGUAUAUUGCGAGUUGGAGGUCGUCUCCAGAAUUCUCAACUGUCCGAGGACAGCAAACACCCGGCAAUACUGCCCAGACACAGCAAGCUCUCAGAUCUGAUCAUCGCAGAUGCCCACUCAAGAACUCUUCAUGGCGGUACUCAAUUAACUCUCUCUCACGUCAGAAAGACUUGUUGGAUCAUCAGUGGCAGAGCCCCCAUAAAGUCAUUCAUUCAACGAUGCCUUGUGUGCGCCCGAAUACGUGGAAUUCGAGCCCAACAACUCAUGGCUCCACUUCCGACCUCUCGAGUCACACCUUCUCUAGUGUUUGAGAACACUGGGGUAGAUUACGCUGGUCCAAUCACAUUAAAAACUUUUCAAGGUCGAGGUGCAAAAACCUUUAAAGGCUGGAUUGCAGUCUUUGUCUGUUUCACGACCUCAGCAAUCCACCUAGAAGCAGUUUCAGAUUACUCAGCAGAAGGCUUUCUCAAAGCUCUCAGACGUUUCACCAGCCGUCGUGGAAUUUGCAAGACUAUUCGAAGUGAUUGCGGCACAAAUUUUAAGGGUGCUGAUGCCAUUCUCAAAGACCUAUUUCGUCAAUCAUCAAAGGAAUCUCAAGAACUUCAACGGAUUCUUGCUAAUGAUGGAACUAAGUGGAUAUUCAAUCCACCUGGAGCACCUCAUAUGGGUGGAAAAUGGGAAGCAGCGGUUAAGUCAGUAAAGCACCAUCUGCAACGAACUAUCUCAGACACGCUUCUGACUUUCGAAGACUUCUCUACUUUCCUCGCUCAAGUAGAAGCGGUACUCAACUCACGACCUCUCAAUGCGCUUUCAGACGACCCAGAAGACAUCUCAGCCUUAACGCCAGGACACUUCAUUCGUGGAGAAGCUCUGACCACGAUACCAGAACCAUCUCUAUGUUCUGUACCUGAACCAAGACUCUCUCAUUUUCAGCGAAUUCAAGAACGAUUUCAAAAAUUUUGGGAUAGAUGGUCAACGGAAUGUCUUCAAGCGCAUCAAUCGAUUUCUAAAUGGCAGAAAACUCAAGACAACAUCAAAGUGGGCUCAUUAGUUCUCCUCACCGACGAGCGAUUGCCUCCAUCAAAGUGGCCUCUCGCUCGAGUCAUUCAACUUCACCCUGGGCAGGAUGGAUUGUGCAGAGUAGUAACUGUCAAAACUGCUACCUCGACUCUUAUUCGACCAGUUGUCAUGCUCGCUCCACUGCCAAUCUCUCCACAUCGAGACGACUCACAAGAAGAGGAUUCUAAUUCCUCACAUAGUUGCGGAGAACUUUUUUGGGCAUGUAAUUUUUUGGAGUAA